AUGUUAUUCUCAGUGGCCCCUGCUGCGAAAUUUCGCAGAUCUGCCCUCAAUGCGAGGCGAUGUCUAGCCUAUAGGCGUGGUUUACUCACGUUGGCCAUUGAAACGUCAUGUGACGACACAUCAGUAGCGAUCGUUGAGAAAACAACCAAAGCGACCGGAAGUGCAGCUAAAAUUCACUUCCUCGAAAAUGUAACGGCAGACACGCGCGCGCAUCGCGGCAUUCACCCCAUCAUCGCCCUCGAAUCCCACCAAGACCAUCUUGCAAACCUCGUACAGAAAGCCCUCAACUACCUACCAGAGUCGAAAACAGGAAGCGGACUCAAACUUGCAGAUGGGACUUAUCGCCGCCUACCCGAUUUCAUAUCCGCCACAAGAGGCCCCGGAAUGCGGUCCAACCUAUCCGUCGGUCUCGAUACUGGCAAAGCGCUGUCAGUGGGAUGGCAGAUUCCCAUGGUCGGCGUGCAUCAUAUGCAGGCACAUCUAUUGACACCUCGACUCGUUUCAUGUCUGGAAAACGAGGCCAAGCCCGAACCAUCGACAAUGGCGCCCGAAUUUCCUUUCCUGUCUAUCCUAGUUUCCGGCGGCCAUACGAUUUUGGUUCACUCCAAGAGUCUCACAGACCACAAAAUCCUCGCCACAAGCGAAGAUAUAGCCAUGGGAGAAGCACUCGAUAAAUCCGCACGAGAUAUCUUGCCUGCUACUUUGCUCCAGGAGGCCAAAAGUACCAUGUAUGGCAAGACGCUGGAGCAAUUCGUCUUCCCGAAUGGCAAAGGUGAUUUCGCAGAUUACUUGCCUCCAGAUUCCCGGGGCAAAGAAAUAGUCAAACGCAAAAGCGAGUGGGGUUGGUCUCUUACCACUCCAUUCGCGAAUACGCGGAUGCUGCAGUUCAGCUUCUCUUCGAUUUCGAGCAUGGUCGGGAAGAUCAUUCACAGUAACAGUGCGAAUACUGAGAUGUCGCAUGCAGAGCGUGUCGAUCUUGGUCGAGAAGUAAUGCGUGUCUCUUUCGAGCAUCUUGCCUCGCGGACUGUCAUCGCCCUGGAAACUCUGCGCCCGCACAACACCGGCAAGGAUGAGAUCAAGACUCUUGUUGUCAGUGGCGGAGUCGCUGCCAACCAGUUCCUUAUGAAAGUUCUCACGUCAUUCUUGGAUGUGCGCGGCUUCGGCAAGAUCAAGAUCGUGGCUCCGCCUCCAUACUUGUGUACAGACAAUGCAGCCAUGAUUGGAUGGGCGGGCAUUGAGAUGUUCGAGGCUGGCUUCCGAUCGGAUUUCAGCUGUCGUCCUCUGCGCAAAUGGACGCUUGAUCCGCAAGCAGACGAUGGAGGUAUCCUUGGCCCAGGAGGCUGGAUCCGAAAUUGA